CCCGGAAGUAAACAAACUUAAAUCUUUUGCAAAUUUGAAAGAUGCAAACAUGUUUAUUAUGUGACUUUACUCUACUCUCUGUGAAUCUACAAUAUGUUCACUGAGGAUACGCAAUUUGGACGGUAUGUAGUCUAGUGGUGCCUUGACUGCUCGGAUGGUUGGAAGACUUCAAAUUGAGGAAAUACACAUACCAGGACUACUGUUCAGUUUUGGAGUCUUCAAAAACAAUUGUGCAACAUGUGACAAAGUUAAAUUAACAUAUUAUUGAUAUCAUCAGAGAGACAUUGACUCAUAAUUGUUCCCCGAAAUGGAGGUUUGUUUUUUGAGUGCAGUACAAGGUCCCCUUCAAGCAUUCUUGAGGCCAGGACUUUGGUUCCCAGGAUUAAAUCUUCUACAUACCUGUACAGAACAAUGGGUGUCGACUGAGCCCCCUGAUGUUCUCUUAGAUGAUUUAGUUCACAGUAUAGAAGCAUACAGUCAAUUAGAACAGAGAGAAUCCUGGUGCAAUAUUAUCCAGCUACAUAAAGUGGAUAGAGAGAAUAACAGAGUAACAAUCCUAGCUUACACUAGGGCAGAGUGGCUAGAUGUGGUGGAGAUUGACUUUAACACAGGAAAGGCUAGGUCAUUCUCUAGUGGUAUUUUCCCAACAUUCCUGCCUCUUGCAGUGUUGCUCAAUUGUGUUUUGUUCUUUGUGCCUUUCCUGGAUCAUGGUGUUAAUAAGAAAAGACUUGAUAAACUGAGAAGUCUAAUGACAUCAGCAGUUGGCGUAGAUACGGAGGAACAAUCCUUAAUAACCAAUGAACAUUGA